AUGGUUACUGAGACGAUUAAGGAAGAGCCGGUAGGAACCGGUGCGGACGAGUCAUCGAAGAAGGCCGCGAAAAAGGCAGCAAAGGAUGCGGUGAAGGCGGCAAAGAAAGCUGAACAUAAGGCCGCCGCUGCUGCAGCGGCCGGUACGGGUGGAGCAGGAAAUGACGACACCGGGGCAGAUGGCGUUGACCAGUCUGAGGGUCGCUACGGAACAAUGAAAAUGAUCCAGAGCGCGGAGAAAUAUGCCGAACGUGUGUUCGUCAAGGUGUCGGAUCUGUCUGAUUGCAAGAAGGAUGCCCAGGUGUGGGUACGCGGACGGGUACACACGUCCCGUUGUAAGGGUAAACAAUGUUUUCUGGUGUUACGCCAGCAAAGCAGCACCGUACAGUGUUUGUUAGCGGUAAAUGAGCACGUCUCGAAGCAGAUGGUCAAGUUUUCCGGCAGUAUACCGCGCGAAAGUAUCAUCGAUCUGAAGGCAAAGGUGGUUCCGGUUGAGCAGCGGAUCGAAUCCUGCACGGAGCAAACACUCGAAUUGCACGUCCUGGAGCUCUUUUUGUUAUCAGCCGCUAAGGCGCAGCUUCCGCUACAGAUUGAAGAUGCAUCGCGGCCGGAAAAAUCUGACGAUCCGGAGGCGCUCAAGAUUCGCGUCAAUCAAGACACGCGACUGGACAACCGUGUGCUUGAUCUGCGCACACCGGCAAAUCAGGCCAUCUUUCGGCUGGAGGCAGGUGUGUGUAAGUUAUUCCGCGAUGUACUAACCGCAAAAGGUUUCACGGAAAUACACACACCGAAGAUUAUAUCCGCGGCCAGCGAGGGCGGUGCGAACGUGUUUACGGUUAGCUAUUUUAAAGAUUCCGCUUACUUGGCCCAAUCGCCACAGCUAUACAAGCAGAUGGCCAUUGCAGCCGAUUUCGACAAGGUGUUUACUGUGGGUGCCGUCUUCCGUGCGGAAGAUUCCAACACUCAUCGGCACUUGACGGAGUUUGUGGGGUUGGAUUUGGAGAUGGCGUUCAAGUAUCACUAUCAUGAGGUGCUUGAUACGAUAGGCAACACGUUCACGGAAAUGUUUAAAGGAUUACGCGACAACUACGCGAAAGAAAUUACUGCCGUUGGUCAACAAUACAAUGUGGAACCGUUCAAGUUCCUGGAACCACCACUAAAGCUGGAAUUUGCCCAAGCCGUUGCCAUGUUACGCGAGGCCGGUGUGCAGAUGGACGACGAAGAAGAUCUGUCGACACCGAGCGAAAAGUUGCUGGGCCGGUUGGUGAAAGCCAAGUACGACACCGAUUUCUACAUCCUGGACAAGUUCCCGUUGGCGGUACGUCCAUUCUACACGAUGCCCGAUCCGUCGAACCAGAAGUACUCCAACUCGUACGACAUGUUUAUGCGGGGCGAGGAAAUUCUUUCCGGUGCGCAACGAAUACACGAUCCCGAGUAUCUGAUUGAGCGGGCCAAGCUGCACGCUAUCGAUCUAUCGAAAAUUGCUGCUUAUAUCGACGCAUUCCGGUACGGGUGUCCACCGCAUGCGGGAGGCGGCAUCGGUAUGGAGCGAGUGGUAAUGCUCUACCUGGGUUUGGAUAAUAUCCGCAAAACGUCCAUGUUCCCGCGUGACCCGAAACGAUUAACGCCUUAG